GGAAGACGAACUCUGUCCAUUGAAUUCCUCUGUUAUCGUCAGGUGCAUUCCAUAUUUGCAUAUCGAUUUGAUCUCUUGCAUUAUAAAAGCCAGCGAAACAGGGGAAAGCAGAGGUGAAACAGAGCAUGAUGAGGCCAAAACGAGUCCUUGUUGCUACCUUCUUCUUGUCCCUUGUCGUUUUCGUUUCGACGGCUGCCGGUGGCGGCGACGGCGAAGAAGGAAGCUGGCAGUGGAAGGUGCUGCAAACGAGCAUCGGCGUGUCGGCCAUGCACAUGCAGCUUCUCCGCAACGACCGCGUCAUCGUCUUCGACCGCACCGACUUCGGCCGCUCCAAUCUCUCCCUUCCCGGCGGCCGCUGCCGCGACGACCCCAAAGAGAAGGCCCUCAAGCACGACUGCACCGCCCAUUCGGUCGAGUACGACGUCGCCGCCAACACCUUCCGCCCACUCACCGUGCUCACCGAUACCUGGUGCUCCUCCGGCUCCCUUGCUCCCGACGGCGCCCUCCUCCAGACCGGCGGCUACAAUGAUGGCGAGCGCGUCGCCCGCACCUUCCGCCCCUGCGACGACGGUACGUGUGACUGGGAGGAGUCCCCCGACGCCCUCUCCGUCAGGCGAUGGUAUGCUUCGAACCAAGCUCUCCCCGACGGCCGAACCGUCAUUGUCGGCGGUCGCAGACAGUUUAACUACGAGUUUUUCCCCAAGAAGAGCAGCUCUGACUCCGCCGCCAUUUCCUUCCGCUUCCUAGCCGAGACCAAGGACGCCGUCGAGGACAAUCUCUACCCCUUUGUCCACCUCAACAUCGACGGUAACCUUUUUGUAUUCGCCAACAACCGCGCUGUCCUGCUCGACUACGUCAAGAAUAGGGUGGUCCGAACGUAUCCGCCAAUGCCCGGCGGUGAGCCGAGGAACUACCCAAGCACCGGUUCGUCGGUGCUUCUUCCGCUCGCACCGGCGCCAAUGGAGGCGGAGGUGCUCGUGUGCGGCGGCGCUCCGCCGGGCGCGUACUUGGAUGCUAAGACUAACCGGACCUAUCGUCGGGCGCUCGACACGUGCGGGCGAAUCAAGAUCACGGACCCGGCAGCGCAGUGGGACAUGGAGACGAUGCCGGGGCCCAGGGUCAUGGGCGACAUGGUGUUGCUUCCCUCCGGCGAGGUGCUCUUAGUCAAUGGGGCGGCAUCCGGCACGGCGGGGUGGGAGCUCGGUCAGAACCCGGUGAUGGCUCCGGUAGUGUACCGUCCAGCGGCUUCAGCCGGGGCGAGAUUCGAGGAGCAGAGCGAGGCGUCCAGGCCGCGGCUCUACCACUCCACCGCCGUGCUCCUCCGCGACGGCCGCGUGCUCAUCGGUGGGAGCAACCCACACGAGGGCUACAACUUCUCCGGCGUCCAGUUCCCCACCGAUCUCAGCCUGGAUGCCUUCUCCCCGUCCUACUUGAGCUUCAAAAACGCCGCAUUGCGGCCGCGGAUCACAGUUCCGGCACCUCCGAUGCAGCUGAGCUACGGCGAGCGAUUCACGAUGGAGUACGAGGUGGGGACAGCGGUCGAAGGGGGCGUGAGAGUGACAAUGGUGGCGCCAGCGUUUGCGACACACUCGUUCUCAAUGAACCAGAGGCUUCUCUUCCUGGAGGCGACGGAGCAGGAAUCCGGCGACGGCCGCCGGCGUUUUGAAGCGGUGGCUCCGGCGUCGGGAAUUUUGGCACCCCCGGGAUAUUAUAUGGUAUUCAUUGUGAAUGGUGGGGUCCCUAGCGUAGGAAUCUGGACCCACAUUGGGUGAAUUGAGACCUAAUUUUAGUUUUCUUUCUUGGACCAAUUAACAAGAAAUUAAAACAAUAAAUACAGUUAA